AUGAGAGUUUCACCAGAGAAACCUCAUUUCUUCAAACCCAUUCUUCCAGGAUUCAAAAAUGGAUUGAAAAUACCUGUAUCUUUCUCCAAAUAUUUGUGUGGAGAAAGGUCAAAUUACGUGUUGCUCAGAAGGGGUGUAAGGGAAUGGAGGGUGAAGAUGAGUGGGCAAUCUCUUGAAGAAGGCUGGAGAAAGUUUGCAGUAGAAAACAACUUGGAAGUGGGGGAUUUUGUAGCAUUUAAACAUGAAGGAAAUAUGGUGUUUGAUGUUAGGGUCUUUGACCCUAGUCAUUGUGAGAGGGAAUAUCCAUGGAUUCAUGAUGUUACAAGUGAGACAAUAGGUUUAAGGAGGAACAAGGCGAGGACUCGUUUGACUGCUAAAAGUGGCAUUUCCAUUGAUAGUGAAGGAAAUUCAGAGGAAAAUGAAGAGUCGACUCCAACUUCAAGAAAGGCCUCUUCACAUGAUGAUGAAGAACCAAAGAAACCCUAUUUUGUUUCAUCUAUCAAGCCUUACUCUAUUAAAAACUCUAUCCUGCAUAUUCCACUGGGAUUUGCUAGAGCCAAUAACUUAAGAAACAGAAGCUGCGAAGUUAUUCUCAGAGAUCCACAGCAAAAGUCAUGGCAAGUUGAAAUGGUUCCAAAGGCCAGCCAUGUUUGCUUUAAGCGUGGAUGGAGUGCAUUCUUUAAAGCUAAUGGCCUGAAGCUAGGAGACACUUUCAAGAUUGAGCUUGUGGAAAAUGGAAAAAUACCUGUUCUUGACUUUGUUCCUUGCUUGACAAGUAGUAAUAAAGAGCCUCAUCUUCAGCGUCCAACUCCUCCUCAACCUCGGCCAUUCUCGACUUCUAAUAAUGAUCAUCCUAAUUCUUUUGUGUCCACUAUUAAGGCUUAUAGCAUCAAAUAUUCAAUACUGCAUCUGCCAAUGAAGUUUGCAAGAUCGACCGGCUUAAUUAAGCUAAAUGAAGAAAUGAUCCUUAGAGAUGAAAGAGAAAGGCAAUGGUCAGUGAGACUGCAGCAGAAGGGAAAGCAUGUUCUGAUCUCAAGUGGAUGGAGCAAAUUUCGCACCUCAAAUGGCCUUAAAGAAGGAGACACCUACAAGUUUGAGCUCAUCAAGAAAGGGCAAAGACCUCUUGUGAAUUUCUAUUGUAAUUUUUCUGAGGAGGACAAGCCAGCAAUGAACAGAUAA